CAUUGCAGAGGGCAGCCCCUCUCUCCGCUCUCUUGGGUACACCUUGAAUACCAGUGAGGACUGCAGCAUACCUCCAUCAGUUCCUGUUGUAGUCAUUUGGAAAAGAGACAACUUUUGAACCAGGUCAAGUUGUGCCACCCUUAGUCCCUUGUGGAUAAACUCGACAAAAGAACUAAGGACUGACAUUUUUUUACAAACCAACCACACCUUGGCUUGUUCUGUUAGAAGCAUCACACACCAUUUAAACACCUAAUUCAGAAUGGCAACUACCGGCAUGCAACUUUUGGGCCUAAUCCUGUCCAUUCUCGGCUGGGUAAGCGGCUUCCUGGUGUGUGCCCUCCCCAUGUGGCGUGUCACUGCUUUCAUUGGGAACAACAUUGUAACAGCGCAGAUCACAUGGGAAGGCCUGUGGAUGAACUGUAUCGUCCAGAGCACAGGAGAGAUCCAGUGCAAGGUGUACGACAGCUUGCUGGCACUGCCUAGUGACAUGCAGGCAGCCCGAGGCCUUACCGUGCUCUCCCUCAUCCUCUGCAGCCUAGCGCUCGCCCUUGGCGUCCUGGGCAUCAAGUGCACGAAGUGUGUAGGCCAACCAAGUUUAGAGGCCCGGUUGGCACGAAUCUCCGGCAUACUUUUUGCCAUUGCGGGCUUCCUCUUCCUUGUGCCCGUGUGCUGGUCUGCCCAUACUAUCAUCAAGGAUUUCUAUAACCCAUACGUAGCCGCACCACACAAACGUGAACUCGGCCCGGUACUCUAUUUGGGCUGGGUUGGAUCAGGUCUGUUGCUGAUUGGUGGCUCUCUGCUCUACGCUGGCUCCAGUCCACCAGGCAUUCCUUCCUCACCCACUUUCAGCAGCGGAGAGAGCAGCCCUCGGCGCGGUGGAGGAGGCACGCAGGUUAAAGGUUAUGUUUAACAAGCAUUGGCCCGAGUCUAGCACAACUGAAUCCUCUUUGCUAGUUUCCCCCAUUGUAAUAGAUUCAAAUUAAUGUUAAUGUAUUUUUUAUUAUUCAGUGUUGAUACAAACUGUUGUGAUGAAAAUUCUGUAAUUCUUUUGUUUCACAGCUUCUUUGUCCUAUUUAACCCUGUUUAUCUAUUCAUGUUUGAACAAUAAAGAUCAGCCCUCUUAUA